AUGCCUGCGUUCACGCAGUUGCCAAAUGAGCCCCUGGAAAAUGCUAUCCUACAUUCCUUGCCAGAGGGGUUUGAGAGCUUGGCCCUAACCUGCAAGCAUCUGUAUGCACUCUGUACCCCACAUAUUAAGCACCACAAUCGACUACGCUGGCAUUUCGAUAGCUUUGAGUACGGCAAGACAGAUCUAGUGGUCCAGCAUAAGCUGUCCUUGCACGUCCUUCCCUACACAGCCUGCUCUGCAUUUAAUUUGAUUGCACGCAUCGCGGUCGAGCCGACAGUAGCCCACUACGUUGGAGAGGCAGAUUUCGAGAAAGACGGUCAAUUCACUAGGGGCAUAUCUCACACAUUUGCCACCGAUACCAGUCGUGAUGAAGCUGUGACCAGACUGCUAGCUGAGUCUUCAUACUUACGGGAAGCAGGCCUUGAGUGGCAGGAAUACUACGCAGCCAUUGAAGAUGAUCUUGACGCCGCCCGCUAUUCACAAUAUGCUGCGGCUUUUGUUUUGACACUCCUGCCCAAUCUUAAGGUUCUCAAGUUACCAAGAGAGUGGAAGCCGGUCGCUGCAACUAACAAGCUUCUCGAAGCUAUUAUGCGCCGAUCAAAGCGGGCACCUAUCCCUCACCACAAGCCGAGCAUGGCCCAAGUCACAAGAUUCGAGGUAUCAGCCUCGCAGGAUGUUGAUGAAAGUUUUCAUCUAGAUUGGGCAACUUGUUUCCUGACCUUGCCGCACGUUCGGUCCUUCUGGGGUCUCGGAUGCGUAGGCACAGGCGACGGAUAUGGGGCCAUUACGUCUGCAUAUCUGCCCAAUGGUUUCCAAUCACUUGAAGCGGUUCACUUCAUGAGCGCUUCUAUUGAUGACAAGGCCAUAGCAGGCUUUCUAAAACAUACCCCAAACCUCAAGACAUUGAGAUACUCGCAUACCACGAACAACAACGGUGGCCUUCAGGAUUGGGAUCUCUGCCGAUUCGUUGCAGCAAUCGAGCGCGAGACCGGGAGCCACCUCGUGGAGCUUUCCAUCUCGAUUGAUGAACUGCGCGGCUCGAUUACUCUGGGCAAAGUGUCAAUGCGCGGGUUUUGUCGGCUGGAAAAGCUCGAGCUUCCCCUCGAAAUCACUAUCUGCACUCUUCACGCAUUGGGUGAACACCAAUCAAACUAUUCCGAUCUAGUUCUGGGUGACCCCAUACCUGCUUCGGUCUCUCAGCUGUCCUUGAUCUCGCACGGAAUGGACGGCUGGGAGAAGGCCCUCAGUAUACUGUUCCGUGACUUUGCCGCCAGGAAGGGUUCUCAGGUGGCUGCUCUUAAAGAAAUCUACUUAUCCUGGCCGAUCGAUGUGGACGAUUUGGACGAAAAGCAGUAUGCCACGCUAGCUGUGGAGACCCAGAAGGCAGGCGUGGUCUUAGAUAUCCUGUCGGACCCUUUGACUUGGGAUGGGGAAGAGUGA